CAAACUGUCAAACACGGUCCCUUUCGACAAUCCAUUUGUAAAUAUUUUGUGAAAAUGUGAUUUUUGAUCAACAAAAACAAAUUUUUUAUCUUCACACCAUGGACUCUAAGUACAACGCAAUUUCGCAGCAGCAACAAAACAGUCCGUUCAACUUUAAACGGAAACUGACAAAUGGCAAUUUAAACCCGAACAAUGAUCAAUUCAAGCGAUUUCGGCCGAACAACGGCAAUGUUGAAUAUCCGAAAGGCAAUAACUUAUCGGCUGCAGGACAAAAUGGUAACGGCAAAGCACUUACAAUUGAGGAACAACGACACCAGCUACCCGUCUACAAAGUGAGAAAACAGCUGCUCAACAAAAUCAUGUCAUCAAAAACUCUGAUAGUCAUCGGCGAAACGGGAUGCGGCAAAACCACCCAAAUUCCGCAGAUUAUUUACGAAUCGACGAAACCCGACUUUGGUACAAUUGCAAUUACGCAACCGAGACGUGUUGCAGCCAUAACAAUAUCCAAACGGGUUGCACUGGAACAGAAAUGCACCAUUGGCGAAACCGUUGGUUACACCGUUCGCUUUGAAGAUGUCACUUCAAUUAAGACGAAAAUCAAGUACAUGACCGACGGUUCGUUACUGCGUGAAGCGCUGGCCGAUAAAUUUUUACGAAAGUAUCGCGUCAUCAUACUGGACGAAGCCCACGAGAGAACGAUUAACACUGACAUUCUGUUCGGAAUCGUAAAAGAUGCGCAACGGUUGCGGGCUGAAAGGGCACUGCCGUCGUUAAAGAUUAUCGUCAUGUCCGCCACCAUGGAUGUGGACCACUUUUCCAAAUAUUUCAACAAUUGCGAACCAAUUUACUUGGCUGGUAGAACAUAUCCGGUAAAAGUGCUGCACAGUGCCGAACCGCAAAGUGACUAUUUGAAUGCUUGUCUCGUGACGCUGUUCCAAAUCCAUAAAACCGUUCCGGUCAACCACGACGUGUUGAUCUUCCUUACCGGUCAAGAAGAAAUCGAGAAUAUGGCAGCGCAGAUCAGGUCCAUUGUAAAGAGCAACGAAAUCGGCGGGCCUAUGAUCAGAGUCUUCCCGCUGUAUGCUCAACUGAAUCAGAAUAAACAACUGGAGGUCUUUCAGCCGUCGACCAAUAAUUAUCGAAAGGUUAUUCUAAGCACAAACAUUGCCGAAACAUCGUUGACAAUAAAGGGUAUCAAAUAUGUCAUCGACAGUGGCAUGGUAAAGCGGAAAGUGUACGAUUCGGUUACCGGAAUGGACACGCUGAAAGUGACUAGAAUAUCACAGGAUCAAGCCUGGCAGCGAACCGGUAGAGCUGGACGUGAAUCUGAAGGUUUUUGCUAUCGGGCUUAUACCAUGAAUGAAUAUCGAACGAUGUCAGCGGCAUCCAUGCCCGAAAUUUUACGCAGCAACAUUUCAGCUACGGUUUUGCAGUUACUUGCGCUGGGAAUAAAUUGUCGAAAAUUCGACUUUUUGGAUAAGCCAUCCGAUCAGGACAUAGAAAGUGCUCUGAAACAGUUAUAUCAACUGGGUGCCAUUACAUCACACAAUGGCGACGAAUUAACGACACUCGGCUGGAAUAUGUCCAAAUUCCCAUUAGAUCCUCGAUUCAGCAAAAUCUUGCUGUCUGCAUCGGAUUUCGGAUGUCUGGAUGAGAUGCUGAGCAUUGUUUCCAUUUUGUCUGGCGAGACAAUUUUUUACCUGAGCGACGAUCCCGACAAAAAAGUGGAAGCCCUGAAAGCCCACGCCAAAUUCGAAUCGAUUCACGGCGAUCAUUUGACGCUGCUGAAUGUGUACAAUGAAUUCAAAAAGACGGACCGACACCGCACAUUCUGCCAUGACAAUUAUUUGCAUUAUCGGAAUUUGGAAUAUGCUCACGAGGUGCGACGACAACUGAGCGAUAUUUGCGAACGAUUACAAUUGGAACCAUCGACAUGUGGCAGUAAUUUGGAUCAGGUCCGGAAGUGUCUCAUAUCGGGAUUGUACAACAACAUUGCCGAAAUGCAGCGUGAUCACAGUUUCAUGACUAUAUCUAGUCGACAGAAGACCAAGAUACAUCCAUCGAGUGUUUUGAAUGGCAAGACAAAUUUGAAAUGUAUUUUGUUCACGGAACUGGUACAAACGUCACUGAAUUUCAUGCGAAUUGUUACGAUCAUCGAUCCGGAGUGGAUCGAAGAAGUUGUACCUAAUUGCGGUGUUUUAGGUCGAUUAAGUCAUUGUAAUUAAUUUAAGCGCAUACGUACACAGCAAAAGGAGAAUUUUUAUUAAAAGAACUCAGAAAGUU